UUUUAUUUGUGAUCGGUUCUGGAUCAGUAUAAAUACUGAUGUGCGGAAGUUCUGGAAAUCAUUCUCAGCUCAGAAGAGCCAUUCAAAACACAAGAAUCAACAACCCCGACGAAAGUCAUGGCUUUCAAAAUUGUUCUUCUUGCUACCGUUUUGGCUACUGUCAGCGCAGGACUGAUCCCAGAACACGGAUAUGCUUCAUCCCACCAAAGCAUCCAGCAUCAUGCUCCAAUCUAUCAACAUGCUGCCCCGAUCCAUGCAGUUCAUGCCGCACCAGUGCACCACGUGGCUGCCAUCCACGCCGCUCCAGUGCACCACGUGGCUGCCCUCCACGCUGCUCCAGUCCAUCAUGCCAUUGUGAAGGAAGUUGAGCAUCAUGCUCCAGCCAAUUACGAAUUCUCCUACUCUGUUCAUGAUGGACAUACCGGAGACAUCAAGGGCCAACAUGAAACCCGCCACGGAGAUGAAGUGCACGGACAAUACAGUUUGUUGGAUUCCGAUGGCCAUCACCGUGUUGUUGACUACCAUGCCGAUGCUCAUUCCGGAUUCAACGCCGUAGUCCGACGGGAACCAGCUAACGUUAAAAUUGCCCAGCCAGUGCACAAAGUUAUCGCCCAGCCAGUUCAUGCUAUCCAUGCUCCAUUGGCCCACGCAACAUACUCCCAUCAUGCUGCUCCAAUCGCACAUGUUGCACACCAUGCUGCUCCAAUCGUCCACAGUACCCACCAUGUUGCCCCAGUGUCGCAUGCCACAAUCUCGCAUGUUACUCCAAUCGCCUACCAUAGCGCAGCUCCCAGCCAUUACAGCCAUCAUUACUAAACAGUAAACGGUAGCACAAAUGUCAUGGACUUGUUUAUGUAAAAUAGUUGAUGCUAGAAUAACCAUUGUUGCAAAGUACAAACAAUAAAGCAAACGUUAAACUGAUGAAA